AUGCUGGGUUUAGUACAAUACGACAGCGAUGAGGAAGAUAGCCAGGAAAUCGAGGAACCACAAUCUCCUCAAGAAUCUUCAGCAAACAUUAAGGGCGGACCCAAGGCUAUAGACACAGCUACCCCUGCCAUAUCAACAAAAGAUGCUGCGUCCAGGAACGUGAUAGCCCCCGUCGCGGCACCGACGUCUGCAGUCCUUGCGAUAUCCUCGCCGCCACCAAUUCAAGGACCCCAAGUCCCCUCACAGAAUGAGAACGAUACCUUUGGACCUAUGCGCCCAGUGUCAAUCGAGAUAGAAUACCCGCCUUCCGACGAGGGUGAGAACUCAAGACCGACAUCGCCUCCACUAUCACCUUACUCCCACGCACGAUCGCUUUUACGUUCAUACACGAUUCCGAAUCUUACACCCGAUUUCUCAAUCCCCGAAUCACCGCCUGGGUCUCCACCGGCGGCUACAUCGAAACAAUUUGCUACUUUCCUGAAUCUUAAAAAGAAAAACGUUCAUUUCAACCAAAAGUUAUCGCAGACUAUGGCUUUACGAAAUCCGAAUUUGUUGGAGAAUUUGAUGAUGCACGUUGGUAUGGAUUCUGUGGGGCAGUAUGCGAGUAAUUGGAGGAAAGAUAUUUGGAAUCCAGAUCCGAAGUUUUUGGGGGAAGGAAUUGAGAGUUUGAGAGGGGAGAAUGCAGUACAAGCUUUGGCGAGGUUGCAAAAGGUUGGAUUUGAGGAGAGGAUGGCAGAGAGGAAGACAGUGGAGUUUGUGGGGAGUAGUAGUGCUAGUGGAGACAAAGGCGGUAGUGGAAAACCACAAGCCCCAAUGAGUGCUGCAGAACGGGUGAUGUCUGGGCUUGAUCGUGAGAGAAAACCGUCACCAUCGGUAUCGAGGCGAGACGGACAGGGUGGUCCUAUGAGAAGAGAAGAUGAUAGAGAUCGUGACCGUAAUAGGAACCGCGACGACGGGAGGAGGGAAAGGUAUAGAGAUGAGCCGGAAAGGCAUAAACGGCAUAGGUCACGAUCGCGAGAACGCUCGAAGGAAAGGCAGCGGUACCGGGAGAGAGAUUACGGAAGAAGGUAG